AUGCGUGCCGUUCCAGGCUUCCGCGCUCUUUCCGCUAGGGCCGGGCCCUACUGGAUCCCCAGCAUUCGUCUCCUGCUCAAGCUCCAUAACUGGUCCAUCCAAGCGCUGCCCAUCCUGUCGAGACUGUCGCUGCCUGGGAAACUCGCCUCGCGUUUGGAGCAUACGGAACUUCAAGCCAAGAUCUCUAUCUCGUCAGCGUCUUCCUUGCCUGGUCCAGACGGAGACGGAGCCGCAUACUCCCACUCGUCGGUCGCCCACUCCUCCUACACAACCCAUGUUGAAGCGAGACAAGUGCAGGAGUCAGCAUGUCGCGCAGCAGCAAGAAGCUACAGCCAAUUUCAUGGAGUAUGGUACUCGGACAAGGAGCAUGUGGUGAUUGCUCCCGGAGUCGGGACAAGGGGCCGAGAGGCCCUCAACAGCGUCCGUACCGACCCAGAACUUCUCCGGCACAAAGACACUCCCGCUCCGGCCGCGCAGAACCUGCCGGAGCAACCGGAGCAGCGACGUCGACGGGCUCGAGGACCUGUUGGCGCGAACCGUGCGCAAGAACAAGACAAGGACUAA